GUUUCCGUUUCCUUUAGAGCAGCCAUCUUGGUCUUGAGUUCUUUCUGAUGAAUUAGUGUUCCCGAAAGAUUACAACAAAAUGCAGUUGUGUUUUCGUGGAUUAUCAACUCACGUGCUUGAGUGCGAGAGCAAUGAAACUAUUGCUGAAAUCAAGGAUCGCAUUGCCUCCUUGGAAAACUUAAAAGCUAACGAAAUUAGUCUCUAUGCCAGUGGUGUCCCCGUUUCAGAUGAUAGUCUGGUUUCGACGUUCGAAAGCACAGACAUUGAAUUGACAGUUGGCUUGUUGGGUGGUAAAGUGCAUGGUUCACUAGCCCGUGCAGGAAAAGUUAAGGGUCAGACACCAAAAGUAGAGAAACAAGAGAAGAAGAAAAAGAAGACCGGCAGGGCAAAAAGGCGUAUUCAGUACAACAGGAGAUUUGUGAAUGUUGUAGCAACCUUUGGACGUCGUCGUGGACCUAACUCAAAUGCCGGAGCAUCAUAAAUUCUCUAACUUAAGUUAAUACUUUUUGUAUUGCAACUAUACUAUGAUGUUGCUUUAAAUAAAACCCUACUGUGAAAAGUAAA